AUGUUUGAAGCCAAACUCGACAAGGGCCUCGUGCUGAAGAAGAUUCUCGACUCGGUGAAGGACCUGGUCACCGAGGCCAGCUGGGAGUGCACCCCAAAUGGCAUGUCACUGCAGGCCAUGGACACCUCUCAUGUGUCGCUGGUCACCGUCAACUUGAACGGCGACGGCUUCUCCCGAUUCCGCUGCGACCGCAACAUGGUCCUUGGCAUGAAUCUCGUCAACCUUGCCAAAAUCUUGAAAUGCGCAGCCAACGACGACAAGAUAACCAUGAAAGCCGGUCACGACGACCAGGACAAAAUUAAACUCAUUUUCGAAGCGGCCAAUGACAGCGAAGUCUCAGAGUACGAAGUCAAGCUGAUGAACCUGGACUCCGAGUAUCUCGGCAUUCCGGACACUGACUACAAUGUCACAAUUAAGAUGCCUUCAAGCAAGUUUCAGCGAAUCUGCCGUGAUCUGAGCCAAAUUGGCGACACUGUUGUGAUCACCGCCACCAAGGCUGAAGUCCAGUUCGCCUCUAUGGGUGAUCUCGGAAGCGGCUCUGUUCGUCUUUCACAAAGCCCCAGCCUUGAUAAGCCCGAAGAUGCAGUCAGCAUUUCCAUGAGUGAAGGCAUCUCACAGACCUUUGCUCUCAAGUACCUGAUCCAGUUCUCAAAGGCAACUCCACUUUGCUCGCAGGUGACCCUGUCGCUCUCGCCCGAUGUCCCGCUGGUGGUCGAGUACAAGGUCGUCGAGACCGACGACGACGGAGACACUGACAUUGGUCACAUUCGCUACUACCUGGCUCCCAAGAUUGAUGAUAACACCGAUUAA